CCCUGAUGGUUUCUGGGGACUGAAGUGCCAGUUUUCUUGCCCUGUCUGUGAGAAUAGUGGCUUCUGUAAUAAGCAAACUGGUAUCUGCAACUGCAAGGCAGGCUCCAUGGGAAAUUUCUGUCAAGAAGCAUGUCCUGCAGGCUACUUUGGACUUGGCUGUUUAGUUCGUUGUUCUUGCCACCCUAAUGCCAGCUGUGACUCAAGGAAUGGAUUUUGCAUCUGCCCUCCUGGCAAAACUGGCCACACUUGUGAGACAACAUGUGAACCUGGUUUUUGGGGUCAAGGCUGCAUUGGAAGGUGUCAAUGUCAGGAUCACUCUGUGGGCUGUGACCCGGUCAGAGGUCGUUGUGUGUGUGAAGCAGGCUACAUCGGAGACUACUGUGAAGAGAAGUGCGUCAAUGGUCAUUAUGGACAUGGAUGUGCUCAGAAGUGUCUGUGUAAGAAUGAAGCCCUCUGCGACCAUGUGAGUGGAGCCUGCUUCUGCUCACCUGGAUUCACUGGGUAUCUCUGUGAAAAAACAUGCCCGGACGGCUUUUACGGGCUUGACUGUGGCCAGAUGUGCGAGUGCAGGAACGGUGCCCGCUGCCACCACAUCACAGGAGCCUGCCUGUGCACCGCCGGCUGGGCAGGACCACACUGCAUUCUGGAAUGCCAAAAAGGUAGAUUUGGAGAGAACUGCGGUCAGACCUGUAAGUGUCAGAACGAGGGCAGUUGUGACCACAUUACUGGGAGAUGCAGCUGCACAGAUGGUUGGACUGGAGCCCACUGCCAACUGCCUUGUCCACCAGGACAUUAUGGGGAACAAUGUUCUAACAAGUGUCUGUGUCAAAAUGGAGGCUUCUGUCACAGCGUGACUGGCCAGUGCUCCUGUCCACCUGGACACACAGGAGCUGCCUGUGAGUUAGAGCGUGACGAAGGAAACUAUGGCGAGAACUGCACACAAACAUGUGGAUGUUUAAAUGGAGGCAGAUGUGACAAGGUGACUGGAAAAUGUCUGUGUCUGCCUGGUUGGACUGGAGAAAACUGUCAAUCAGCCUGCUCUGUUGGCACGUUCGGACAAAACUGCAGCCAGCCGUGCCGAUGCUCCGGGCUCCAUGAGCAGUGUGAUCCCGCGACAGGGAAAUGCAGCUGCUCAUCCGGCUACUAUGGGCCACGCUGUGAGCUUCGGUGUCGAGCCGGUUCAUUUGGGCCAAACUGCAAGUCCAAGUGCACCUGCAUCAAUGGCGGUCGCUGUGACUUUAGGACUGGGACAUGCUACUGUCAUCCGGGGUACAUUGGAGCUGACUGCAGUUCCCGUUGUCCAGGUGGAUACUACGGGAAGGAUUGUGCAAAGCUGUGCUCCUGUGCUGAAGGAGCGCAGUGCCAUCCAGUAACUGGAAGGUGCAUAUGUGGCCCCGGAAGGACAGGGGCAUCAUGCCAACAGGCUUGUUCAAAAGGACGCUAUGGUCUGCAGUGCAGGUACGCCUGUAGCUGUCAGAAUGGAGCAGUAUGUGAUCCUGUUGACGGGUCCUGUAAGUGUGGACUGGGCUGGACUGGACCCCAAUGUGAGACAGCCUGUCCUGCAGGAAAAUAUGGGCCAGAUUGUGCACAACACUGCCAAUGUCUUAACAAUGGAAUUUGCAGCCGUUUUACUGGCAGCUGCAGCUGUACUGCUGGGUACUACGGCGACUACUGUCAACAUGAGUGUCCUUCUGGAUUUUAUGGAUUGAAUUGUCAGUUCACAUGUGACUGUAACAUGGGCCAAGCAUGUGAUCAUGUGACAGGCAAAUGUUUGUGCCCACCAGGUUAUUAUGGCUCACAAUGUGAAAGACAAUGUGAAAAUGGCAGCUUUGGAUUGAACUGUAUGAAGUCCUGUAAUUGUGCUGACGAGGCGUCAUGUGACCCAUCCACUGGUAGAUGUCUCUGUCCCUCAGGCCAGUGGGGAGAGAGAUGUGAAAAAAGCUGUGAUGGAGACCACUUUGGCCCCAACUGCUCCCUGUUGUGCCAGUGUUUCCAUGGUUCCCACUGUGACCGGGUAAACGGCAGAUGUCUCUGUCCGCUCACCUGGCUUGGAUCGACUUGUAGCAAAGCACGGCUGCACCAAACCUCAGGAGUGCUGAAUAUGUCUGUGUCUCACAGAAAUAGAAGAACAGGCAGCAAAACCACAUAACCCAAACAGAGGUGAAAAUUCCUGACUGGACACUCAUAGUCGGGACUUGGCUCUGCGUAGCUUUGCUCUGAUCAUCUUUGAGAAGCUUAUAUUGGAUCUAUGGAGCCGGUACUCAGUUGUCAGAGGCUGGCACUCCUUCACUGAGUCUGAGACAAUCAACCACAGGUACCAGCAUGUGAAAUGUCUUUGGAGGACCAUAAACUCAGGUCUGAUUCAAGCUGGUUUUACAAGCCCAACACACACAAAUACCUGCAGAACAGUUGAUACUUAAAUUGAAUGAAAUUGGAUCCUUUUGACAUAUAUUGAGUCAGUAAUGAUCCAUUUCACAAUAAAACAAUGAACUCAGCAAUUGUUCAAUUGCAUUCUUGCAUUUCAAACAAACUUUUAGUGUGUGGAAACAACGUUAUACUAUACUUUUGAUUAAAACCAUUAAAAUAAGAGCAAUUUCAUGACCUUUUUCAUAAGUAAAUGUACAGGUACCGGAGAACUCAAGCAAUAGAAAAAUAUUGUCGGUUACCAAAGGAACAAGAAAAGUAUUCUUCCUUUUGGAAACUCCAGUCCUCGUGGGCCGGUGUCUUGCAAAUUUUAAAUGUCUCUCUUCUUCAGCACAGCUGGCUCCAAUAUUAGCUCAUUAGCAGAGCUUUGUAGAGGUUAACUGCAUGCUAGUGAGGCAGUUUCAACAUUUCAUUCAAGUGUCUAGGACAAGUGACACAUCUAAACGUUGCAGAACUCGUUUAGAUGUGUCACUGCAGUUUGAGACCACUGGUUUAUACACUUUGGAUUUCUUUGCAAUUGUAUGUGAUUGUUCAACACAAAGUAACAGUAAAAGAAAAAUGUGAAUGGCUUUCAAAAAAAUUUCAAAAAUCUAAAGUGUGUGGCAUGCAUUUGUAUUAAGCCAUCUUUAAUCUGGCACCCUUUAAUAAAAUCCAGUGCAUCCAAUGAUUCAGACAUAGCUAAAUCAGAAGAGCCCACUUAUGUUUAAUUUAAUCUCAGUAUUACUACGGCUGUUCUGUGAAGGCCUCAGGAGUUUGCUAAAAAAAAAAAAAAAACACACACACUAGUGACAGAGUUGAAUCAUGAAGAUCAAGAAGCACAAGCCAUAAGACAAGCCAGUCAAAUUUGUCAUAAAUGCAGAAGUCUGCAUGGAUUUCAUGACACCAUGCUCAUGGUGAAACAUGGUGGUGAGAAAGUUAAAGUCCAUCUUGGUACGAGCAAGUUUUUACUCAGACAACCUGUAAAAAGGUUUUUUAUCCCUUACAAUUGUCCUAUUUCUCAUAAGAUAAAACUUGUUUCCAGCUCCACGUCUUUGAAGUCAGUGUACAUGACGUGGACGGCCCAAGAAUGUUUUGCAUAUUCAUAUUAUUUAAAUAAAACCUUGUGUCUGCGUAACAUGUAACCUAUGUUAAUAUGUAACAUAGGUUACAUAUUACGUGAGAAAAAAUAUUUUAGAUUAGUCAUUUUAUUGAAACAAUUUAGUUCCCCUAACCCAGGCUUUAAUAUUGUCAUCAGUUUAUUUACUCAAAAACUCUACAAAACAUUGGAAAUAUAUUUUAUUUAAGCUUCUUUAUCAAUUAUCUUGUUCUCUUUUUCCUUAUAAUUAAAACUCAAAUUGCAUCUGUCAGUGGCCAAUCUGCGUCAUUUCAGCUGUGCUUUAUUGCAUAAAGAUUGUGAAAUGUGUUUUGUUAAUAUUUUCUUCUGUGUUCUUUUGGGGUUUUGUUUCUUGCAAACAUUGGAACUGUGCGUCUUCUAGUAUAGUAUUUUGUAUCAAUUUCAAUGAAUAUCGAGUACAACAACA